AUGUCUUCUCUACCACCUACACAUACGUCUUCGACCAUACCUCCGGCCUCUGUGGCCUUCUUUCUAAUCGAAUCGGAGGAGAGGUCCUGUAGAUCACCGUCGUCUCCGAUUGAAUCAGGGAUACUAAGACGUGUCGAUGGGCCACGUAGGUUGAAAACGGCGGUGUCGUACGCACGACCGGCGUCGACGUUUGUGGAAAAUAUUCUAUUCUCUGUCCACGUGUUGUUCAUCGUGCCUGGUUUUGCUUCCAUCUUUAUCUGUUAUCUGAACUUAGGGCUUUUAUCCCAUCCUCUCCUCUCCCUACCGGUCGCCGAAUAUAACUCUUUCUUCGUGGCUGAUUCAGAACGACUUGAAGGUGGUCACUGGUGCUUGAUAUCGAGUGCUAGGGGUGGUAUUGGGUAUGGUCGAAGACAUUCACUUGUGAGAAUCGGAGAAAGCAUUCGAAUGGGUUUCAUCUAAAGCACAUGAUGGAAAAUCAGUUACUUCAUCAGAAUUUAUAGCCUAUUUGCAGGUUGCUGCUUAGUCUUGGAUCAUUUAAUGUUUAUAAUUGUACCAGGAUGUACAUAACCUGUUACUGUAUGGUAUCCAAGGCAGGGGCAAAUCACCAAAUUACCCUUGAAUACAAUUUGUGGAGAAAUCUUCAUGCAUAAAUCCACAAUGUGACUGGAAUCCUACACUUUGAACGCAAAAACAAAGUUGAAAUAAUGUCAUAAGAAAAUCUAUGAAC